AUGGCCGACACCAACAACACUGUCAUCCCCAAUACUCAAGCACCUUCUCUUCCCCCAAUCACUCUAUGCUCACCAUUUCAUAUCCCUCAAAUUAUGUCUAAGACCUAUGUUUAUUGGAAGACACAAAUUGUUCCAUACCUCAUCGGCCAACGUCUCUAUGACUAUGUAUCUGAUGACAAACCACGCCCUCAAGAUCCAACUCAAGCUGCAAGUUGUCGUGAAAAGGAUGCCUCCAUUAUGAGUCUCUUAACUAUCUCUCUCUCCGAUGAUGGUCUCUUCUUAGCACUUGGUUGCACCACCAAUAAAGAAAUAUGGGAUGCCAUCCAUGUUGUGUACAGUUCCACCUCCACCACAUGCAUAUUGUCUCUUCAUGUUGCUCUUCAAAACUUAAUUGACAAGCCUGAUAAAACUAUCACUCAGUUUCUUCACCAUGCCAAAGCUCUCUCUGAUGAAUUAGCAACUAUUGGGAAACCUCUUCCCCUUGAAGACUUCAACAUUCAUAUCUUUCGUUCCCUUCGGAAUGAGUACCAGUCAUUAGUCCUUACCAUGAUGGCACAGUCAGAUCUGAUUCGCUACACUGAGCUUCACGGUCUUUUAAUGAGUCAUGAGUUUUUUCUUCAUUCUUUCCGAGCAAUCAUGGAUCCGUUGGCGGAUGCUUCCGUCCACCUCUCCCAACAAGGUCGUGGCAAUAGCUCCCCUUGGGGUCAUAGUCGUGGUCGUGGCUUUGGUCGCUCUAAUACUUUUGCUCACAACCCUUGCAAAGUUUUCAGUUGCACCAACCAUCAGGAAGACACUUACUACUAUCGUUAG